AUGUCACCCAGUCAAAAGACGGAAUUGAUAAAUUUUAUGGAUAAAAAUCCAGAACUUCGGUCUGGAAAAUUCACCAAAACUUUUACUUUUAAAAAGUCACAGGAGCUGUGGAUAACGAUUACAAAUUCAUUGAACAGUCUUCCUGGCGCUCAAAAAACAUGGCAGCAAUGGAGAAAGACGUGGCAUGAUCUUAAAAUAAGCGCUAAAAGGAAAACUGCAGAGGUUAAGAAAUAUCAGAGAACCACAGGAGGAGGACCAGCUCUCCCGAAUGAAAAUUUAUUAAAUAAUGAAGAAAUCCAAGUUGUUAACAUGAUGGCUCCAGUUGCAAUUGAGGGACACCUUGUAGCUGAAUCAUCAACAUCUUUUGAAUUUCCAGAUCCAUUUAUUAAUGAGGAGGAGUUUGCUAAUGUUUCUCGUAAUGUUUCGAUAGAUGAACACAAUGAAGUGAUUUUGCUGGUUGAAAAUGAGGAAACUGCUUCUGACCAUUUAUAUUAUGCAACAGAGAAGAAGGAUGAUGGUAAAGAAAAUAUUGAAUUGCCUUCAAAACCGAAACGUUCUACAAAAAAAUUGUUUCAAGUGCAAAGAUUAAAUCAAACUAUAGCAGCAACUGAAAAGAUGGCAGAACAAAAUGAAAAAAGAAAAGACCAAAAAGGACUAUAUGAAGCUCAAAAAUUAAAACUAUAUGAACAGGAUAUUGAAGUUAAAAAGCGUAUAGCUUCAGCACUUGAAAAAAUUGCUCAAAAAAUGUAAUAUCCCUGCUGAACAGUUCUAUUGUGAUUGUAUUUUUUGUGUAUUUUUUCUGAUUUAUUAUCAAGAAUUAAUUUUUUAUUUGUUUUGGUUAUGAUACAAGGAUUAAUCUCAGUACAAACAAUUCUUAAGAAUUGUCUUCGCCUAUGUUUCAGGUUGUGAAUUUUUGUUUUAUUUAUUAUUAAAAAACUUCUUGUCAUGUACUACUGUGAUAUAUAAAUAGUACUUAUUUAAUAAUGUUUUGUUUUCG